GCCUCGAGACCCGCCAUGUCCAGCUCGGCGGGCAUGUCGGCGAGGUACACCAGCCUCGAUCGCGCGUCAGCGGGCAUACUCGAUCACGAUCGCGAGUUCGUGCCGAUCAGGGACCCAAGGGAACGCAGCCGGGACCGCGGCCUCUACCUCGAGGAUGAAUUGUACGGCUCCCGUUCCGCCAGGCAAAGCCCGAACCCGCACAUGCUGCGGGACAGCGGCGGCUACAUCGGCGAGCUGCAGCACCAGAACAACGAUCUCCAACGAGAGCUCGGGAACCUCAAGAAGGAGCUCGAGCUGACGAACCAAAAGCUCGGCAGCUCGAUGCACAGCAUCAAGACCUUCUGGAGUCCCGAGCUUAAGAAGGAGAGAGCGUUGAGGAAGGAGGAGAGCACCAAGUACAGCCUGAUCAACGAACAGCUGAAGCUGCUCAACUCCGAGAACCAGAAGCAAAGCAUGAUGGUGCGCCAGCUGGAAGAGGAGCUGAGGAUGAGGAUGCGCGGGCCGAGCGUCGAGAUGCAGCAGCAAAUGGAAGUUUUGUACAAUGAGAACGAGCAUCUCACGCGAGAGAUCGCCAUACUUCGGGACACGAUAAAGGAGCUGGAAUUGAGAAUAGAGACGCAAAAACAGACGCUGCAGGCUCGGGAUGAAAGCAUCAAGAAGCUCCUCGAGAUGCUCCAAAACAAGGGGAUGGACAGAGACCGUCCGAAACUCUGGACACCAAGCAGACCCCCCAAGAGCUUCUCGUUGCUUUCUGCUGUUCCAGGAAAAGAGGAGGAAAGGAUCAUGUUCCAGCAGAUGCAAUCGAUGGCCCAGAAGCAGCUUUCUGAGGAGCUGGACGAGCUACGGACGGAAGUGCAGCGCAGGGAUCAGGAGCUGCUCGGGAUGUCCGCUAAGAUGAAGACCCUCGAGGAGCAGCACCAGGACUACCAGCGGCACAUCACCGUGCUCAAGGAGUCGCUCUGCGCCAAGGAAGAACACUACAACAUGCUGCAGGCCGACGUGGAGGAAAUGCGACAGAGGCUCGAGGAGAAGAACCGGAUGAUCGAGAAGAAGACGCAGGCGGCGAUGCAGGCGCAACAGGAACGGAACCGCAUCAACACGGAGCUGACCGAGCUCAAGGAUCACAUGGACAUCAAGGACAGGAAGAUCAGCGUGCUUCAGCGUAAGAUCGAGAACCUGGAGGAUCUGCUGAAGGAGAAGGACAACCAGGUCGACAUGGCCAGGGCACGGCUGACUGCGAUGCAGGCGCACAACUGCAGCAGCGAAGGUGCGCUCAGUAGCCUCGAGGAGGCGAUAGGAGAUAAGGAGAAGCAAAUGGCGCAAUUACGCGAACAGAGGGACCGGGCGGAGCAGGAGAAGCAGGAGGAGAGGGAGUUACACGAGAGGGAGAUCGCCGAGUACAAAAUGAAAAUUCACGCUCUCGAGUCUGAGGUCGAGAAACUGGGUGCCCGACUGGAGAGGGCGCAGGCAGAAAAGGACAGGCUCGAGGCGAAGCUGGAGAGCUCGCAGUCGGAGCUGGGCAAGAGCAAGGCCGAGCUUGACAAAGCUGCGUCCGAGGUCGGUCGCAGCGGCGCCGACUGGGAGGUCGCCAAGCAGAGGAUAACCAGGCUGGAGCUGGAGAACGAGAGACUCAGGCACGACAUCGAGAGGUCGCAGUCCGCCUACGGCAGGAACACUUUGAACUCCAGUCAGGAGAUGGACAGGAUCCACGAGCUGAGAAGGGCACAGGCUGAACUCAGGGUGACGCAGGCUGACAACGAGAGAAUCAAGGCUGAGGCUGCUGCUCUUCAGGAAAAGGUGGAAAAGAGUCAAGGCGAGGUAUACAGGCUGAAAGCGAGAUUGGAGAACGCUCAGGGCGAACAGGAGAGUCUCCGGGACGAGUACGAUCGCGCACAGGCGUCCGUAGCCCGAUUGCAUUCGGAACGAGACAAGGCGAUGGCGGACCUCGAGAAGGUGCAAGAGGAACUGGAGCGUACUCAGGCCACCCUCGGCAAGUCGCAGCUUCAGCAGGACAAGCUGCAGAAUCUGUUGGACAAGACGCAGAGCGAGAUGGACAAGCUUCAGGAGAAACUCGACAAGUCGCAGACGGAGAUCCGCAGAAUGCAAAUGGAACGAGAGAAACAGAACUACGAUUUCGAGAACCUGCAAAGCCAACUGGACAAGACCCUCGGACAGUCGACUAGGAUACAGAAGGAACGAGAAACGAUUCAACUGGAAGUGAACCGGCUGCAAGAUAAAUACGAGAAAGCUCAGAUCUUAAUGCAACGACUGCAGAAGGAGCGAGACGGCUUCCAGGAGGAAAUACAGAAGCUACACGAGAGGAUAGACAUCCAGCAGAAUCAGGCGGCGAAGUUGCAACGCGAUAAGGAGAAUCUGUUGUCGGAGCUCGAGCUGGUCAAAGAGAGAUGGGAGAAGGUGCACAACUCUCACCAGAAGGUAACGCUCGAGCGAGACGACGCCGUGACCGAGAUCGAAAUAAUCAAGGAGAAGCUGGAGAAAGCACAGAACGCGAUGAACAAGGCGCACGAGGACCGAGAGAACGCGAACAAGGAAUUCGAGAAGAUGCGCGAGAAGUAUGACAGAUCCCAGAGCGAGGUGUACCGGCUACAGAACCGCAUCGAGGUGAUGGAGGCGGACAAGGACAGGCUCGAGCUGGAGGCGGACAAGCACCAGAUGCUGGCCACGAAGAGUCGCGAGGAGGCGCGUAAAGCGCAAGACGAGAUCGCGCACGUGCAGGAGCUGUACGACCGGGCGGCCCUGCAGCUGGACCGCACGAAGGAGCUCGAGGAGAAGUCGAAGGAGAACCUGGAGAGGUUGACGGUGGACCUGGAGAUGGUGCGGGAGCGUUACGAGAAGUCUCAGAUCGAGGUCCGCCGGUUGCAGAACGAGCGGGACAAGCUGGUCGCCGACAACGAGAGGAUCAGCUUCGAGCUGGACCGCGCGCACUCUCAGCUGAACAAGGCGCAGGCGGCCACGGAGAAAACGCAGGAGGAGCUGACCCGGAUGCAGGUCGAGAUCGAGAAAAUGUACGAGAAGCACGACCGUCAGCAGGCCGAGGUCAGGAAAGCGCAGGGGGAGACGGAACGGCUGCGCGUCGAGGCGGAGAGCGCGCGCGAGGAGUGCGAGAGGUACGCGGCCAGGUUCGGCAAGUACCAGGAAAGCCAAGAACGGCAGAAGGAGGAGCACGAAUACGCGAAGCUGGAGGUGGAGCGGCUCCGCGACCGUCUGGAGAAGGCGCUGGCGGAGCUCGAGCGCGCGAGGAAGGCCGAGCAGGACGCCUCGAGGCUGCGCGCCGAUCUGGAACGUGCGGAGGGGGUGCGAGGUAAAUACCAGUACGAGCAGGAGAAGUGGCAGAGCGAGGGUAGUAGGCUACAGCAGGAGGUGGAUAAGCUGCGGGAGCGUCUCGAGGGACGAGAGUCGGAGCUGAAGAGGACGCAGUCCAGCCACGCGGAGCUCGAGGCGAAGCUGCACGAGACGCAGCUUCAGCUCGAGCGGGCGCGCGACGAAGCGGCCAAGGCGAACGCAGCACAGGAACGGAAUCGCGGCGAGAUCGAGCGGGCGAAAAUUGAGACCGAGAAGAUACGCGACCGUCACGACAAGGUGAAGGCGAAAGCGGACGCCCUGGAGGCGGGCAACGAGAAGCUCCGCGUCGAGAUUGCCCGCCUGGAGAGGCUGAUGCAGACCGACGGUAAGACCAGAUCGGAGAGCGCGAGCAUCGAGGUAGAACGGCUCAGGGCCAGCCUCGAGAAGGCGAUCGACGCGCGCGACAAGGUCGAGCUCGAGGCGGGCAGGCUGGCCAAGGAGCUCGAGAAGACGCACAUGCAGACCGCCAAGUACCAGGAGGCGGCUGAGGCGAACAAGAAGGAGAUGGAACGCGUGAUCGCGGAGAUACAGCUGCUCAGGGACGAACGGGAGACCCUCAGGCAGGAGCUGAGGCGCGUCCAACAGCAGCAGCAGCAGCAGCAACAGCAGCACCAGCAGCACCAGCAGAUGGUCGGGAUGGAGGAGAUGGCGCGUCUACAGCACGAGCUCGAGAUCGCGAAACGGGAGCGCGACAAGAACGCGGCGAUCCUCGAGAACCGGGAGAAACACUGGGACAAGAUCGAGAAGGCGAAGGAGAAGCUCGAGGCGGAGGCGAAGCAGCUGCAGGUCGAACGGGAUCAGCUGGUGAUACAGCUCGAGAAGUCGCAGGAGAUGCUGGUCAACUUCCGGCAGGAGUUGAACGCGAACGAGGUCGAGCUCGAGCGUCAGCGGGAGGAGGUUCGUCGGCUUCAGCAGCUCCAGCAGCAGAGGGCCCACGCACAGACGCCGGACAGAGCCGCGAAGGAGGCUCUCGAGGCGCAGGUGCGGGAGGUUCACCGGUUGUCGCAGCAGGUGCAGAAUCUUAACCAGGCGCAGGCCAAGGAACGGCAGAGAGCCGAGCAGGCCGAGGCACGGGUGCAGGAGCUGAACAAGCAGCUCGCCUCGAGGGACGCGUCGGUCGGCGGCAGCGAGGCGCAGCUCGAGCAAUGGCGGAAGCUCUGCGAGACGGAGAAGCAGCGCGCGGACGCGGCCGAGCGGCAGGCUGCCGAGCUGCAAAAGCGGAUCCAGACCACCGAGCGGCAGCUGCACGCCCAGCAGCAGCAGAUCCAGCAGAUGCAGACCACCAUUCAGCAGCUACAGCAGCUACAGCAGCAGCAGCCGCAGCAGAACGGCCAGGAGGCCGCCAAGCUGCGGAAGGAGCUUGAACGAGCGCGAAAGGAGACCGCCGACCAGGCCGUCGAGCGCGAGCGGUUCCAGGCGCAGAUCGAAAUGCUGUGCCAGGAACUCGAGAAAUCCCAGGUGGACUUGCACGAGGCGACCAAGAAACUCCAACUUGGAGGCGGGAAACCUGGAGCCGAUACUACCCAAGAGAGACGACACCUAGAAGAACAGAAACGCCAAGUGGACGAGCAGAGAAGGCAGACGGAGGAGCGAGCGAAGUCCGUCGACCAGAAAGCUAGAACAAUAGAGGAGAAGGAGAGGACGCUCCAAAGUCUCGACCAGGAGCUGAAGAAACGGAAAGCGAAGAUGGACCAGCUGGAGCAGCAGUUACAGAAGAGCGGUGGGUCACCGGACAAGAGGUUGGCGGAAAUGCAGAAGGCUCUCGAGGCAGCGGAGAAGGAGAUGGAGAAAGCGAAAGAGGAGUCGACCAGGAGCUCCGCCGAGACCGAGAGGCUACUGCAGCUGAUGCAGAUGACUCAAGAGGAGCAAAAUACGAAAGAGAGACAAAUCAGAGAACUUCAAGAUGCACUAAAAGCCGCACAAGUCAAGUUGAAACAAGCCGCAACUGCACAGCAACAAGAGGACCUGGAGAACACGAGAUACACCGGAGACCACCGGAAAAGGGAGCUGGACGCCAGAGACAGGCAGAUAACGGAGCUGGAGCUGAAGGCAUCCUCCUUGGAGAAGCUGCUGAAGGAGCACACGUGCGCCAAGAAGAUCAAGGACGCGAGAAACGGAAGCUUGGAAGAGCAGGAGGGCUGGAAGAAGGAGCUCGAGUCGAAGAACCGAAGGAUAGCCGAGCUGGAGAACGAGUUGAUAGCGUGCAAGCCCGUCAAGGACAGCAACAACGGCGACACGCAGAGUCUGAAGCUGAUGGACGAGCUGAAGGAGGAGAAGGAGUCCUGGAAGAGGGAGCUGGAGACGAAGAGCAAAAGGAUAGCGCAAAUGGAGGACGAGAUAGAGUCCCUGAAGAGCCUGGCGAGGGAGGAGGGUCAGUCGUCCAAGUCGAAGCGGUCGAAGGAGAACGAGUGCAGAGCGAAAGAGGGCGGCGAGUCCUGGAAACAGGAGAUGGAGGCGAAGAAUCGGAGGAUCGUCGAGCUGGAGCAGGAAAUGGAGUCGCUCGAGAACUUCCUCAGGGAGCACGCGGACACCGAGAGCGUUCGAGACUUGGAGAUGAUCGUCGAGAGGAAGGCGAGGAGGAUCGAGGAGCUGGAGGACACGGUGGCCGAGUUCGAGGACUUUCUCAAGCAGAACCCGGACGUGAAGGAGCUGCACGAACUUCGCUGCCAGGUCGCCGCCGGGAACAGGCGGGUCCAGGAGCUGGAGAGGUGGAUUCAGAAGAACGGCGAGGACAGGAAGUCGAGGAUCGAUCAGGAGCGGAUCGUCGAGCUGGAGGAGAUGGUCACGCAGUUGGAGGAGUACGUCAGGAAGCACAACGUGGACGGAUUGAAGAUGAAGCUGCAGGACCGCGAGUGCAGGAUCGAGCAGCUGCAGAGUAGAGUUGGGUGUUUGGAGAAGGAACUGUUGAAGGUUGAGGAGAGUCACCGAGGAAAAGAAGCUCAGAAGGAUCACCGAAACUUCGAAGAUAGGGGGACGACGAUGAUACCGGACGACGCGCCGUGCAGUCGCUUGAUCAUGGACGGCAACGGCGAGCUGCGCGAGCGGGAGCAGAAGAUGAAGAAGAUGGAGCACGCGAUCUCGGAGAAGGACAACAAGAUCCAGGCGUACGAGCAGCAGAUCGUCGAGAGCAAGGACGAGAUCUCGAAGCUGAGGAAGGAGGUGGCCAGUCUGAAGAAAGAGCUCAGCGAGUACGACGACAUCGGGGUCCUGAAGGAGGAAAUUCGCGUGAGGGACGAGAGGAUUCAGCAGCUCGAGGACGAGGUGGACUCUUUGGAGAGGGCGUUCAACGAGAGGAUCGACCUCGAACAGAUCGAGGAGCUCGUGAACAUUAUCAAGGAGAAGGAGAACAAGGAAAGACAGAUGUCGAAAGAGUUGGCGGAGAAGAGGAGCAAGAUCGAGGAGCUCAGCGAAGCCCUCCGCGAGAGUGUCGUCAUUACCAGUGACAGUGAGAGGAAGUCGAGGAAUGAGGAGAAGAUGAGGAAGGAAGCCCUGCAAAGAGUAGCUAAGUUAGAGCAAAGGAUAACGUCGAUGCAGUCUGCCUCGGCGCUAAAGUGCAUCACUUGCCAGCCAUUGCUCUCCAAACUGCACAAGUACGAAACGAGGCUCGAGAAACUCACCGAGGAAAGAACCGUACAGCUGGAGGAUCUGCGGCAAAUGAAGCGAGAAGCUCUGAAGGCUGCCGUGUCCGAGAAGGACGCGCACCUCGCUCUGCUGGAGCUGUCCGGAAUCAAGAACGCAGCCCAGUCCGAACACGCUGAGCAGCUGAAAGCAGAUAGGAAAAGGCUGCUGGACACACUGAAAAAAGAGGACGAGAAAAGCAUCAUCGAGUUGUCGGUGGAAUGUAGCUCAACCGGCUCAGAAGGAACGCCGCAGCUUCUCACGAAAGUUUUGGAGACAUCCGACGACGAGGAAGAGAGGACAUCGAACGAUUGUCGCAGCGAUUCGGGUUCCCCGAGGCCAGCAACAACGAACGGCAACAGCUGCGAUCACUCGAGAAAGAAGACAUCGAAAGGAUCGGAGUCGCAAGGCAGGCGAGAUCAGGCAAAGCUCGAUCAGCAGGAUAGCAGAUAAGUACUCGAGGCCAG